UCAUAUUCGGAAAAGAUUUGAAAUCAAGACAUUUUCAAAGGUAACUUUAGGGGGAAAUUCUAUGGAAUAUUCUUCGUCCAAUUACAAUUAAUUUUAGACUGAAUAUGGCAAUAGUAUGUAUGAAGUUGAAGACAUGAAAACGGAUUGUUAGGUUAAAUGGGCAUAAUGGUAAAUACGGAGGAGGAAAGGCGAAGAAACGGAAAUGGCGAACAGAAGUUUACAUGGAGAGUUCAGCCAUUGGUUUUCUCAAACAUGGGACAAAAGCUAUGCGAAAUCAAGCUCCCUCCACUUUAUAAGAAGUAUCCAUACCUUUUCAUACCUUAAAUCUCAUUAUAUAUAUGUACAUAUAUCUAUCUUUCUCUCUCGCCUUGCCUUCUUCGUCAUCAAUUCAACCAGCGUCCUGCUGAAGUUUUUUUCCUUCCGAUUACAUUGUGAUUUACAUCGACCAUUGCAAAAUUUUCAUCCCUUUGGCUUCUCGGGCUUAUUGGUUAAUGCAGUAUCUGGCUGCUUGGUUGGAGUCUGUUGUUAGCUGGGCCAGAUAAAAUUCCAUUACCAGCGAUCGUUGAUAUCAUUCAAUUUGAGCCUGCAACGUUUUCUUAAUUAAAAUGUCGCUCUUGUCAAAAUUGCGCUGUAUCACCAUAGAUGUUACUGGUACAUUGUUAGCUUACAAAGGGGAACUAGGUGAUUACUAUUGCAUGGCAGCCAAAUCCGUGGGGUUGCCAUGCCCUGAUUACAAGCGUGUGCAUGAGGGCUUUAAGUUCGCUUACAAGGAGAUGGCAAAAAACUACCCAUGUUUUGGAUAUGCAGCAAAAAUGCCUAACAUCAUUUGGUGGAAAACCUGCGUUAGAGAUUCCUUUAUCAGGGCUGGAUAUGAUUAUGAUGAAGAGACUUUUGAGAAGGUGUUUAGACGUAUAUAUGCAUCCUUUGGUUCAUCUGCUCCUUAUAAGGUGUUUGAGGAUUCCCAACCAUUCCUUAGAUGGGUGCGUGAGCAAGGUCUUAUGGUUGGCAUUGUUAGUAAUGCAGAGUACCGGUACCAGGAUGUGAUCCUUCCUGCCUUAGGCUUGAAUCAGGGAUCGGAAUGGGACUUUGGUGUAUUCUCAGGUCUUGAGGGUGUGGAGAAACCAGAUCCUAGAAUCUACGAGAUUGCGAUUGAGAGAGCUGGAAAUAUAGCACCUGAAGAAGCUCUCCACAUUGGAGACAGCUUGCGAAAAGAUUAUAUUCCUGCAAAGAGUGUGGGAAUGCAUGGUCUGUUGUUGGAUAGAUUUAAGACAUCAGAUGCUGAGGAAUGGAGGAAAUCUGGGGCAGUGGUGCUUCCUGAUCUGGUGGCUGCUCGAGAGUGGCUUCAGAAUAACUGAUUUGUUAUGUUAAAAACUUAAGAUAUGGGCCUCCAAAGUCAUAUGCUAUGAUGAGGCUUCUCUACUUAUAAAGAAAGAGAAAAAAAAAAUGUAUUGUUAAUUUACAUACAAGGACAAUCUUGAUUGAAAUCAUGCAUCCAAGUGGAUGAAGCAUUAACAAAGUUGGCAAGAAAUUGAGGAGAGUGAAAUGUGAAAUGUGAAAUGUGAAAUGGCUAACAAAAGAACAUGAAAGUUCAACUUCA